AUGGAUGAGCCUGGUGGAGACACCCUACUGUUCACACAGCCCGCAGCGCCAAUGGGCCCCCUGACACGCAAGGGCAAUUCCAGGCCUAAGAACAAGACUCUGUCAGACACAAGACCAGGGUUGCCUCGAGAGGUGGAUGUAGACGCCUUCGCGCAUGGUGUCCCUUAUUCUUACUCCCCCUCUGAGUCCAAUCUGGAUGGACAAGCCCUCAUACAUGAGGACGCCUCGGACGGGGAUCAAAUCACACAACCUCCUGAACUCACGACAGACACCCCACGCAGUCAGCCAAAGCGACGCGGCCGGCCCCCGAAAGCAGCAUCAAAUCACCAACACAGAUCCAGCGCUCCAAUGGCAGUAGCACCACGGCCGUCGGCCGAUCGUCGUCCGUCAGCAUCCUCCGUCGACUCUUUUCCCUCAACCCAAGUCGACGGGACCCCAAGCACUCUCGAGAAGAAAACGCGCCUUCGUGCCCGCAACCGAGAGGCUGCGCACAAGUGUCGCGUACGCAAGCAACGCGGCAUCGAAGACCUGCAGACACAGGAGGCGGCCAUCGGCGCCGUCAACCAGAACCUCAAAAAUCAGUAUGCCGAGCUACGCAGUGAAGUCAUCCUACUCAAGGACCUGGUACUCCAGCAUAGUGGCUGCGGCUGCUCUUUCAUUGAGAGUUACAUUGAAGACGCCGCUGCCACUUUAUCGCAGAGAUCCGACAACUUCACUUCAAACCGGCAUGGCUCCUCCAGCAGCGGCAUCUCCCCAGCUGCCAGUUGGUCGCCUGCAUAUACUCAGGGAGCAGGAUCGACUGGAUUCGCCUCUUUGGAGGACGGGAAUACACGCUAUGGCUGCAUCGGCAAGGCUGUUAGGGCACCCGCCACGCGUAGACCACGCCCUACGGAUCACGAUCCGAGUUGGUCCGGAGAUGCAGGCAAGAGUCUCGCUGUAUCUCCAAUCACCCGUACCAACCUGACUAGGGGGGGUCCCCUUCCUCAAGACCCAAGACACAGUGGUGCGUGGGCUACAAAUGGGAACGGACCAAACUCCGACGGUGUCGGUCCCAUUUUUGAGACCUGA